CUCUCUCUCUCUCUCUUCUCUCUGAUUGUCUUCUUUCAUUCCCGCCACUGUGAGUGAGCCGAGCUGGAUCGCACCGAGUGAAGUCCUUGAACGCAUCACCGCUCGUGGCUGGGGGGCGAUGGAGCCGUGAGCCGAACCGAGCCGAACCUAGGGGCGAUUCUGCUGAGUGAAGAAGACUCCUCUUCCUCCUCCUCUUCUUCUUAUUCGUCUUCUUCGAGCGCACGUUCCUGUGCUGUGGGCUGCGCGUGCACGCCGAGCAUGGCGACCAGCUCGUGCACGGGAGGCUGCCGCCGACGCACGCGGAUGGCGCGCACGUUACCGCCGCUGCUGCUGCUGUUGUUGCACUUCAUCUCCGUGCACGGAGUCGUCACGGCGACCAACACCACCGAACUGGCCGCCGCCCUCAACGGGACCGCCGCGCUCAGCGAGCAGGAGGGUCCCACCGAUGUCGGCCGUGCUGUCACCAUGGGAACUGGACCCGGCGGUUCCGUCACUGUGACGCCCAGGGCGGGCCGGGUGGCCCGGGGCGGCGGCGAGGAAGAGGAGCUAAGCAGCGGCAUGUUUGGUGAAACGGCAGUGCCGGAAGCGGGCGGCGCGACAUCACCAUCUCAGAUCAGCCUUGAUUCAGCAGAGACAGAGCUGCUGUUGCCGGGCAACCGUCUACCAGCUGAUGUGGUGGAGGAGGAGCCUCUGGCGCCUAGUGACCCGCCGUGGAUCAACGCCAAAGACACAGCUGUGUUCGACCUGGACCGACCAUCCACUGCCGCCCCGCUGCCUCCAGCCACCAACGCCGCCCAACCCGACGUCCUCCACGUGGACUUUUUCGAUCCCGCCUCUCGUGGACGUCAAUUGGACUUGGCCCCGCGUCCCACCACGUCGCUGGCCCACGAGCUCCAGGGCGGCGACCCGACUUCCUGGGCCAUGCCGGACAGCUACGAUUACCUGACCCCGUACGAAGACGGGGUGUCACCCACCGCUGACGAGUACCCUGAUGCCACCACCGACAACGGCGGCUCUCGCGCUCGGCCAAAAUUGGCGAAGACGCCGGAACAUUUUGCAGGUGACACACAACCUGUCAUCAUACAAGUCACAUAUGUCGAACAUACGUAUAAUGUAUAAUGCGACUUUGACCCCAACUACUGCUACAAUGGAGGACAGUGUUACCUGCUGGAAGACGCCGGAACAUUUUGCAGGUGCAACGUUCAGGACUACAUCUGGCACAAGGGCGCCCGCUGCGAGGCCGUGGUGACGGAGUUUCAGGUUAUGUGUUUGGCGGUUGGUGCAUCGGCCGUGGUGGUCCUGCUGCUCUUCAUGAUGGUGGUCUGCUUCGCCAAGAAGCUUCACAUACUCAAGAUGGAGAAUAAGAAGCUGCGCAGACGCAGUAAGUACCGGCCCACGUCGGAGGCUCACAAUGAUAAUUUCUCGCUGUCCACCAUCGCUGAGGGCUCCCACCCAAACGUAAGGAAACUGUGCGACACCCCUCCUAACGCCCCCCAUGCCCGUGCAUUGGCUUACUAUGAUAACAUUAUCUGUCAGGAUGAUCCCAAUUCCCAGAAUAAAUUGGAGGAGCCGGUGAAGGCCCCGCCCAAGGAAGACGACGCCCUGAACAUCCACAACGCGCUGACGCCCAAACAUGACAACCACAAGUUGCUGGGCGACGACGACUCGGAGGUCAACUCCCUGCAGAACAACAUGAUGUGAAAAAUACACUUUUUCACCAACACACCGACC